CCGGUUUCAGCAAGAUCCAAAUGACACCGCCGACGCUCGCCGCUCGCCUCGAGCAAGAAGCUCGGGACCCGAUCGAAGUGCUUCGUGUGCGGCUCAAGGAUGUGUCUGAGACGUCCGUGCUGAACACGCAGCAACUGCUCGAGAUCAAGUCGGACUACCUGCAUCGCGCAGAGUCCACCAAAGGCCAGCUGGAUGGGUUUGUUCAAGCCCAGAUUGACGAAAUCGAACGUGCGUCCAUGCUGUUGUCGUUUGACGCGAGCGUGGCCAAGGUCUCGCUGUCGCUCCGCAACAUGGGCACGAGCUGCAACCGCAUGCGCGAAGAACUCGGGGAUGAAGGCGUGGCGUCCGAAGUCAGCAUCGCGCGGCGCAACCUCAAGGACCUGCACACGCAAAUGCAGUUCUACGAAGACCUUCCUGCCAAACUCGCCGAGAUGGAGCACACCCUCCAAGCCAACCUCGGCGAACUCGUGUCGGUGUUUGGCAAGUUUCUUGUCAUGGACGACUGGCGCCAGAAAAUGCUCUUGCAGCUUUAUAUGGCCUCCAAAGACAAUCAAGACGAUACACUCAACAGCAAGCAUGUGUCGAAAGCGUUGGCGGCGAUUCUGCCGCGCCUGAAUGACAUUGACCACAUCGGCAAUCGAAUCCUCGAUGGAACGUGGAGCAUUGUGAUCAACUGCAUUGAAAUGGUGCAAUUCGAUCGAAAACGGCUCAUCGAUGCGUUUCAAAUCGUCGACCAUUUGGAAAAACGUAAGCGCAAACGAGUAGAUAUGAAGAAAUUGUACUUGGACAAUUCUCUCCAACCGAUUAACGAAGCCAGCUCGGCUCCGUCCAUGUUCCAAAAGUGUCGAGAUCAUCUGCAAACGUCUCUCCAAGCCAGAGUCGCAGACUUGUUUGUGUAUCCGCCUGACCAAGACUUUGCCCAGGCAUUCAAUGGCAUGUUGAAUAAUGCAUCCAACCUGUUGCUUGACUUGGAAUACGUCGAACGUGACGUGGCGCCGUGCUUUCCGCCGUCCAUCGACGCCGUCCAAGUGUUUGUCACGAGCUACAACUCGGCUUUGGAGGUGCAGUUUGCUCAAAUAUGCGGAAAAGCCGAGCUAGGCGUCGCUCAAAAGCUGCAGUUGGUGCAGUGGCUCGAUUAUUACAACACCCAAGUUGGCAAAUAUCGAUCCGGCACCGUGUCGGACGUGUUGGACCAAACCGCGAAUUUAGUCAUGCGGUUGUACUUGGACGGGAUUCAGGAUCAAAUCCACACGUGGGUAACCAACAUUUACAACCGCGACGAAGAGGCGGUGGUGGGGCCGUCGGGGGAAUUGCAUUCAACACGCCCGAAUGAUAUCAUGAACAUCCUGUCGUCGCAGAUCACGAUCGCACAAGAGUGGCUCAGCGGCGGGCUCUUGGCUCGCGUCGUGCUGACAUGUCUGACGGCGCUCAUGGACCAAUUGAAAGCGCGGGCGCUUCGGUUUGCGUCUACCCUCACCACGACCACCGACAUCGAAGCGUUGUGUUCGUUUAUCAACGACACGGAUGUGCUGCAGUCCAAAUGCAUGGAAUUAAUCGACACGAUUCAAUUUCCCAGCUCGGCCAACCAAAUCGAGGAAGUCGCCCAGCUCACGGCGGGCCUUGGCGAUACCCUCAACACGACGUCCGCCGAUAUUGUCGCCCUUGCUGUGCAUGCGUGCGGUCUGAUUGUGCACAAAAUAUUUGAUGAAAUCGAAGCAGACACGACAGGCCACUGGUUUGGGAAAAAGUGGGACGAUCAGGACCCCGUGGUCGAGAAUUUGCUUGUGACGCUGGAGGAUUUUUUCAAAGAUCUGCAGGCGUGGAUCAGCAGUUCGUUUUUUUAUGCCAAGGUGGUGCGCCACGCAUUGGACCGUUGUGUGGAUGAAUACACCAACCGAUUUGUGGCUCGCACGGCUGUGUUGUCUAACGUUGAACUGGCCUACCGUGUGAUGGACCAAGACGUCAAGCAUGUGCAUGGGUUUUUCAUGAAAUUCGAGUCGGAAUUGCGCCGAAGUGGCCUGCGUACAGCCGACGACUUGACCAAACACUUGGAGCCGAUGAGUAUGCUCGGUGCACUGGUGAGUCGCAGAAUGACAUUGGACGACCUCGCGCGCGACUUGUACGACCUCGACCAACAAGGAUUGAUGGAUGACGCCAGUGUGAAACGCUCCAAGUUGCUCAAAGAUCUGAUGGUGGCCACGAAACGCCUCGUGCCUGCAUUGUCGUCGUCGUCGCAGGGAACGAUGUCACAGGGCGGCAAGGCCACCACCACGAAACAGACGAAGCCGAAGAAAGCCACGUUCUUCAAGAAAGCCAAAGACAAGGCAGACGACAAGGCACAACCCAUCACGACGACGACGGACGUCGCCGCCACUGGCGACUUUGAAGUGAAAACCACGAGCUUGGAUGCAUUUUUAAGCCAUUAAACUAAUAUACUGUGCUACGUUUACCGCGA